AUGACAGAUUUGUCUUUGGCGAGUUACAUUGGAUUGAAGCAAGUGGUUGAGAAUAUCUUGUCAGAGGAAGACAUUGGUGUCAACAUUGAAGACGAGACUUCAGGAUCGGCACUUUCAGCAGGGUGCUUCCCAUGCCAUCCAAAUGUCGUCGCGCUACUAUUGAACGAAGGGGCCAAUUGCAACACCAAUCAUAUACAUGGCACGGCGCUCGAUGCGGCAAUUGAACUAGGCCACACAGAGAUUAUGGAGAUGCUAGCUAAGAAAGGCGCCCAGGCUUGA